CACGGAAGAGCGCAGAAGUGUAUUAUUAGAGCUGUUCGUCGUUCACAUUUGUUUACAUUCACUGAUCGGUCGAAACCUUUUUUUAUUGCUUUCUGUUUUUCAACAAACAGUGCAUGCCGGGUUUUUUUUAUUACAAUUUGAAGUGAAUACUUGAUUAAAAUUGCUUACACUUUCUUAUUUGAAAGAAACCACAUAAAAAAAUAUAACGAACAGUUUUAAUAUAUAUUCGCCGAACACAUCCAUAACAAAGAAAGAUUUAUUUAAAGCAAAAAUUUAGUGGAAACUGUUUUAUUUGGUGUUGUUCUUAUUUUGGAGAAUCUGCUCGAAUUAGUGACUGAAAAUUAAGCGAAAUAUAAAAAAAGGCAAACCGAAUUUUGAUUAUUUUCGUUGUGUGAACAGAUUCUCACGUUGAGAGCAACAUAACGUUGUCUGGAUGGAAUUGAUUUCAUGGGAUUGGCAAAAAAUCAAUAUGAAGCCAUGAUCUAUGUUGAUUGGUGACGAUUGUCUAAGAUUUGUAUCUGAUCUCCUUUUUCGAGAUUUUCGCUUACAACGGACAACGAAAAUUAUGGCAAUCAUUGGCAUAAUUAUCUAUGCAGCAGCGAUUCUAUGUCGGAUCUCAUACGGACACCCAAAUUAUAAUAAGGCUCUUGAUGCACCCAAAUCACCGUCAUCAAUGGGCGAUUUGCUUGGAUUUCAUCGAAAUUUGACACCAACACAAUUGCCAUGGUUAAAUGAAGUCACAACAAACCAAUUCGAUAGUAGUCAUCGAAUGACAAUUGAUGCGGGUACAGUUACACCAAAACCGACAGCCAUUCAAUUGCAUGAUGUAUUUUUGGCAGUGAAAACAACACAAACAAAUCAUGCGAAACGUUUGAACAUUAUAUCAAAAACGUGGUUUCAAAUGGCCCGUGAACAGACAUGGUUUUUUACGGAUGCCAACGACGAUUUCUACAAUAUGCGAUUGAACAAACAUUUGAUCAACACAAAAUGCCCAAAAGGCCAUUCGAGACGUGCAUUAUGCUGUAAAAUGGCCGCAGAACUUAUAACAUUUCUGGAACAUCGAAAAAAAUGGUUUUGUCAUUUUGAUGACGACAAUUAUGUGAACAUUGCGCAGCUUCAACUGUUACUGAGUGAAUAUGAUUCAUCGUCAUUAUGGUAUUUGGGAAAACCGAGUGUGGCAUCACCAUUGGAAGUGAAAUUAAGCGAGACUACCGAUCAUCGAGCUCAAUUUUGGUUUGCAACGGGUGGUGCUGGAUUUUGUAUAAGUCGACCGCUCGUACAAAAAAUGGCUCCAGUCAUUCGAAACGAAAAACUAAUGACAAUCAGCGAUCGCAUUGGAUUUCCGGACGAUGUAACCAUUGGUUUUAUAAUUGAGUAUUUGUUGAAAGUGCCGUUGACUGUUAUCGAUGAAUUUCAUUCACAUUUGGAGCCACUCGACCAGAUUCCACCGCAGACGUUUCGCAAGCAAAUUUCCUACAGUUAUGCAUUCGAAAACAAUGCGAAGAAUGUCGUUAAAGUGGACGGAUUCAAUGAACGCACGGAUCCAACGAGAUUUUUGUCAUUGCAUUGUCACCUGUUUCCGCAACAGAAUUCUUGUUCGCUGAAGAAACAUUCUGGAUUCGUUCAAAAAAAAUCUCCGUUAACCAAAUAAAUUAAAAGUAUUUGAUGGAUGGCAAAGAUGAAUGCAACACGUUAACCAAAUAAAUAAAAGUGAAAUUAUCUUAAGUUGGCUAGGGCUGUGAUCAUUUGUAAAAUAGCUGUAAUCUCAAUGAAAAUGUGAAAAUUUUUGAAAAUAAGAAAAAAAAAUCAAGAAUUUUAUUUUAAAUUAGCUUGAAGAGUCUUAAACAAGCACAAAAGAAAAUCAUAAGAUAUUUUAAAAAUGACUUUGAAUACAUAUAAUUGGUUCUGAUUUCUUUAUUUAUGGAAUCAUUCGAAUAC